GACAUUGAGAAGGCAAUUAAGGAGAGUCAAAGUCCCGCCAAACGACAGAAGGUUUCCCAGGCUGACCCACCUGUAGAUUUGUCAGGAAAAACAGGGUUAUCUCCCCUUCAUUCAGAUAAUUCAGAGGACAGGGUAGAGGGAUCAUCACGUCUCCAUAGUAACCAGGAUACAGAUGGAAGCUCAGGAUCUGGUGAAGAUAUUGAAGAACGUGAUACAAAAACGGGGACAAAUGCGAUUAAAAGAAGACUUCAUGAAUACGGAGACGGGAUGUUGUCGGAUCAGGAGAAGUACCAUGGGAUAGAGUCAGAUGUAUUGUACGCACGUCUGAAGGAGGUGGACCCCGAAAUGGCACUGACCCUUCAUCCUAACAAUCGACGCAAGGUCAUCAGGGCGCUUGAGAUGUAUGACACCCACAAUGUGACCUUGAGCAGUGUGUAUAGGGCCCAGAGGAGCCAGCUGUCUAACCAGGCCCCGAGUGGCCCCCUAAGGUUCCACCACACCUGUGUCUUCUGGCUUCAGAGUGACCUUCCAGAGCUUGGCAAGAGGACUGACCGGCGAGUGGACACAAUGAUAGAACGUGGCCUGGUGGACGAGUUACAGGACUUCCAUCAACAGUAUAACGCUGACCGCUUAAAGGAGGAAAGUGUGCCGGACUACACACAUGGGAUAUUCCAGAGUAUCGGCUUCAAGGAAUUCCACAACUUCCUCAUAUUGUCAAAGGAGGAGCAAACCACAGACAAAGGGAAGCAACUCUUUAAAGAAGGGGUAGAAAAUCUCAAGAAAAGAACGCGCGCCUACGCCAAGUAUCAGGUGAAGCACAUCCGCAACAGAUACAUCAGACGCCGAGGCGCUAACACAUUACCUGUAUAUGGACUGGAUGUCUCUGAUGUCUCUCAAUGGGAGGACCGUGUGAAAACACCAGCUGUGGAUGUACUAACGGAUAUUUUACAGGGGAGAGAACCCCGUCAUGCCCCGAUCCCUUCAGAAGAGACUGAUAACUACCUUGUACAUGAAGUCUGUGACAUCUGUAAUGAUGGUCGCAUGUUCUACACGUCAGAUGAGUGGAACCGUCAUCUCAAAAGUAAGAGGCACGAAAGAAGGAAAUAUAGACUUAAAAAAGAACAAGCUAAUUUAUUGAAAAGAACUGAAGCAAAGGAAAAGGCUGCCUCUGGUGAUGCUUCUCAAGCCGGGGUAAAGGGGGAUAACUCUCAUCUGGAAGACAGUGUCAUAGGUGAUUUUGAAACAAUGGAAGACAAUGACAUUACAUCAGGCAAUGUCAGUUUCCGCGAUUCACCAACAAAUGACUGUGAACUGAGAAAUGACAUUGAUACAUCAGCUAAUGUCACCAUGUCACAUGAUGUCAAUGAAGAUAAUGAUUUAAAGGGAAGCAACUCCACGAUGUCGGGAAGUAAUGUCAACGAGUCACCUGAUACAAACCAUGAAAGGGGAGAUAACUCUCCUAAAUCCAAGGAUGUCGGUUAAAAUUGAUUUAAAGAAAAUUGUUACAAUGAGGAUUUAGCUUAGUUCCAAAAAUAUUUCAAUAUGACCGGUGUUUAAAAAGAAAAUGAUAAGAAGUCUGUUUUGAUUCUGUAGACUAAUAGCUAGCAGAUAAGCUUUCUGUAACAGAAUAUUCCUACGCGGGAAGUUCGGAGCAUGGGUAUAAACAUUCCGCUCUCGUUGUCAACAUGAUCUAAGUUUCGGAAUGUUUCACAAAUUGUUAUUUGUGGAAGUUGAAACUACCAAGACAAUUAAGAACUAUUGGUUCUUUGCUUUUUCUAACUCGAUUUCUUAUCUGUCAUUUUGUGAUUAAAGAAUAUUAAAGAAAUGUUAACACAAUUAUAUUGA